AUGGACGACAACGACGAUGGGCUUAUGCUCAACUUUGCGUCAGCCUCGCCGGCAGGCACCUCCAAGCGACCCAAGCAGACAGCCAAGGCUCGGUUCGCUCAGAAACGCAAUGCGCAGCAGCUCAAGAGGCAAGCACCUGUCCAAAAUGGAUCCGCAGCAGCUGUAUCAGCACCAGCACAAGCUCCAGCUACGUCGCGCGCUGCUCCAUCUCCUGCAACAUCAACCGAAUCGCCGGCUGCCAAGAGGCAAAGGGUCGAACCUCGACCGGCAUCUUCUGUGGGUGGUGGCCUGAGUGCGCCCAGAUUUGAUCCUCGAUCGAUUACUGCUCAGCCAGCAUCGGCACCUUCCAGAGCGAGCAGAACUGCCUCAUCUGCCGAUCCAUCGACCCGCAAAGCUGCUGCUGCUGCUAGUGGUAGUGCGUCGACGCAGCAAGCGAACUCUUCUGUUACUGGCACUGGUUCUUCUGCCUCGACGUCCAAAUCAGUCAAAGGCGGCAUUGUCAGCACCCUCUUCCCGGCCCAUGGAGUGCUGGAAGACUCGAACGCUGCUGCCUUGACGCCGUUCCAACGCAAAGCGUACGAUCCAACCAACGCUCCCUCAGCAGGUUCCGACUUUGCAUCGUGUGGACUCGACCCUCUGCUCGUCUACCAUUUGGCGUCCAAGAUGAAGAUCGGUUCCAAUCCGACCUCGAUCCAAAAAGCGGCGCUUCCGCAUCUUUUGCAUCCUGGGCUAGAUCGCGAUAUUCUCAUCCAGGCGCAGACUGGUUCAGGUAAAACGCUCACAUAUCUGCUUCCUAUCGUGCAGAGCUUGCUGCCGCUGUGCGAAGAAUCCUUCAUCGACCGAUCCGUCGGCACGCUUGCCAUCAUCCUUGCGCCCACGCGUGAAUUGGCACGUCAAAUCUACGAGGUCUUGGAGAAGCUCGUCUCGCUUGCACUCAGUCUCAAGGAGCAAACCGAAGACGGAGAAGGCGCAGUGAGGAGGACACGAUGGCUUGUACCCGGCUUGCUCUCGGGUGGAUCCACGAAAAACCACGAGAAGCAACGAUUGCGCAAAGGUUGCCCCAUCCUCGUCUCUACACCCGGAAGACUGCUCGAUCAUCUGCAGAACACGUCUAGCUUUGAUGUAGGAAAGUGCCGAUGGCUUGUACUCGAUGAAGCCGAUCGUCUGCUCGAGAUGGGCUUCGAAGAACAACUCACUGGCAUCGUUCGGGCUCUCGACGGUCGACGCAAUCUCGCAUGCACCGCAGCGCGUCAAGCUAUGCCAGGCUACGAAGAAGGGGUUACACCAGGCGAUCCAGACUGGAUACAGGACUCGGACGUCAUGGACACCCUCGGCAUGACUUGGUGGGCACAUGCGAGGAGGGUCGUGCUUUGCUCCGCUACGCUCGACGAAAACGUUCAGGUCUUGGCAGGUAAGACGUUGAUCAACCCCAAGAUCAUCCGCGGUGUGAUGGACAACACUCCCGAAGCAGAAGAAGGCGGCGCGUCAACAUCUGCAGAAGCCAACACAGAUGGUACGGUGACAACCAAGAAGGAGCCGGUCAAGUUCGCAGCCCCCGCACAGCUCGCUCAGAGCUUUGUCACUACGCCGCCCAAGCUCAGACUGGUCACGCUGCUCUCCUUGCUGCGUGCUUACAUCUCACGCGCACGUCGUCAAUUUCAAGAUGCAGACCUGGCCGUACGACUGGCCGGCUCCGGACGAGUCAUCGUUUUCAUGAGCUGUACCGACUCGGUUGAUUUCCACUACGCGGCUCUCGGCGGGGCCCGGAUGAACGCUCCAGAGAAUGAUCCCAACGCAGAAGCCGACGCCGAGGACGACCAGCUGCCAGCGCAUACCACAUCCGAGCUCAUCCCCGGCGUGCCCAUCUUCCGUCUGCACGGCUCGAUGAGCCAAAAGGAACGUAUUGCCAGCUUGAAGGGCUUCUCGGGCACAGCGACCAAGAAACAGGCCCAAGACGCUGCGCAGCAGGUAGCCGGUUUCCAGGGAAGCAUUCUGCUGUGUACCAGCGUUGCCAGUCGCGGUCUUGAUCUGCCGGAUGUCGGGUGCGUAGUCCAGCUCGACCCACCUACGGAAGGCGGGAUUGAGGAGUACUUGCAUCGCGUUGGUCGUACCGCUCGUGUCGGGCGGUCGGGUGAGAGUUGGCUCAUGGUGCUGCCGCAGGAACUCGGGUGGGUGGACAACGUGCUGGAAGCGCAUAUGACCAUCCAAGGUGCCUCGUCCACCGACGACUCGCUCGUCGAGUCCAAGAACCAAGGCCAGGCCAAGAAGAUCAGUCCAGCAUCCAUCGAGCUCGUCCUGCAGCAGGGCAUGGGCGGAACGCCGGGUACGCUCGAGUACCAGUCCCGCGCCACCGAGGUGCAGCUGGCCUUCGAACGAUGGGUCAUCUCUGGCGAACGACCGAGCCUGCUGGCCCGCAAAGCGUUCCUGUCCCACGUACGAGCCUACGCGACGCAUUCGGCCGAAGAGAAACAAUACUUCAACGUCCGCGCACUCCACCUCGGUCACCUGGCCAAAGCCUUCGCGCUCCGAGAAGCGCCCCGCUCGCUCGGCGCCAAGAGUUCUGCCAUCGCCGCCACAGCCAGCGCCACCGCCAAAGAAACCACCAACAAGAAACGUGUUCGAAACGACUCCACAGCCGACAGCACAGACAGCGACUCCUCGGACGACGACGAGGAUGAUGAAGAUGGCGGAUCGGACUAUGAGACGCGCGCGGGAGCGAAGAACAAGCGAUCCGCCGCCACAAAGGGCGAUGGUUUCGAACUCGACAAGGACGCACUCGCCAGGCUUACCGAGAGCAUCUUGGCCAACGCAGACGGCUCCAACAGGAGCAAGAAGCUCGCCAGGGAAGCUGCUCGCGCUGCGGCCGCUGCCGGCGUGGCAGGCGAGAAGGCCAAACAGACGGAUGCAGAGACGAGGAUGUACGCCAAAGUCAGGGCGCUGGGUAAGAUGAGCAAGAAGCACGGUGUUCUCGGCGCUCACGGUGCGGAUGAGUUCCAGAUUGCCUGA